AAAAUACUGUCACUGCUAAAAUUAUGAUCAAACGUUCGCUAGUGAGUACAGUCUUGCAUUGUAUUUAAUAAUGCAGCUACAGAACACUUUCUUGACAUUUUACUUACUCUUUGUGAAGAUACACUUCCGCUUCCGCUGGUAACUCCGCUGUGUUUUUCUUAUAUCACGUUUUUAAGUUGUUAAAAUGACUACAGAUGCUUGCUUGUUUGUCCGUCCUCUACAUUUUGUUUCGGACCCCCAACAGGUAAAAAAGUCCUGGAAGAAGAAAUUAAGAUGACCAAAUCAGUCAGUGACUCUUUGCAGAAAGAACUGGCAACAUUGCAAUCUGAAGCUUACCAGCUGGAAGGAAUCCAUAAAGAAAAAGAAGAGUUGUGCAGGAAGCUGCAGUUCCAGUGUGACGAGUCUGUGCAGGACUCUGCCAGGCAGUUAGAGCACAACAAGAAAAGUGAUGAACUGCUGGAACAGUAUCGAUGUGAAAUCCAGGGAUUCAAGCUUAAACACAGAAAGCAGCGCAUGAAGUUUGAAAACCAACUCCAGUUACUGAUAGAGCAGCACAAAAAUCUGCACUCUGUUUUUUCUCUGGAAAGGCUCCCAGGUGAGAUAGAAAGCGCUGAGAAGACAAAAAGUCAGCUAUUAUCAGCUGAACAAAUGAAGUUGGAUCAGCUGCACAGUCUUGAAGAGCAGCUAGAGGAGGCAAAGGAACUGAAGCAGCCAGGGUCUACAGGUGCAGAGACUUAUGAGGAGUAAGAUGCAUAUAGAGGUCAUUUGAAAGAAUCAGAGGAAAAUACAUUUUUUCACUUAAAAAUGUACUAAAAUAACAAAAAAAAUUAUCACUUAUUUAUACUUCCCACCUUGGUGUAAACUGUUCCUGUUUUUAAUCUAUAUAUAAUAUACACUUGUAUAAUAUAAUAUUUAUGGGUUCUUAACUAUUUUACUGUUUCAUUGACAAUAUUAUUUUAAUUCUUCAAGACAUGUAACUGAUUUCAUAAUCUGGAUUUUUUUUCCUGGUAGAUAUGUGAAAUUGGAUUGGAACAUAAUUGAUAUCUAAAAUGUUUUACUUUCUGUGACGGGUGGGUGACGGGUCAUUUUUCAGGCUUAUGCUGUGCAUUAAUAAAGUUGUUUUUAAAUGUUGUGACAUGGUUGACAAAUGGGUUCAUUUUAAUUACAUAUACAUGAAAACAGGACAACCACACACUACAGUUAACAUAGUGUAAGUAUUUACACACAGGAGCCUUCAGGUUAAGUUUCAAAGUCAUUUAAUAAAAGACUUGCAAACUUUCCAACACAA